AUGCCUCAGCGACAAAUCACCAUCACCUACCAACGCCCCGGUACGCAUCCGCCAAUCUUCGUGGCAGGUACCUUCACAGAUCCAGCAUGGAAACCACAAGAGAUGACCCACAUAGUUGAUGAGCAUGGUGAAAACAAAUUCGAGAGCACUGUCUCCGUCCAAGAGGGAGCUGAGGUGCUAUAUAAAUUUCGCAUUGGGCACGGCGAUUGGUGGGCUUGUGACGAAGGGGUUGAUACGGUUAGCGACGGCCAAGGAAAUGUGAACAACGUGAUGCGAAUUGAAUCUGCAGGUUCCGACGACCAAGACUUCGAUGAUGUAUAUGACGAUGACGUAGAAGAACCCGGAUGCCCUCUGUUUGCCUACGAAUCCGUUGGCAGCCAAGAAGCAUAUCCUCUCUCAUCACAAGGCAAACCUUUCAAAGGUGGCCGGUCCCUUGCACCGGACGACCUGUCUCCCUUUUCUGCUCAACGCAACCCUAGCAUGGGGAGUGGUAACCGUGAUGUCGACCACAAUGACCCGCGGGUGGAAGUAUUCCCCAAUCGAGACCGUCGGUCUAUUGUGGAAGCUUUGCUACAACUCCAGAACAUCAUGCCCGAAGACGAGUCAUCUCUCGACAUCCCGCCGCCGUCGCCUGUGGUCUCCUCCGGAUCCUACGUACUUACUUCCGGUGGACCCCAAGCCGAAUCCAAAAGACUCAGCGUGCCUAGGACGUCGCUUGGGUCCAUGAACUCGGAACGUUCGCAAGCCUCCCUCGAAUCCAUCCAAGAAGCUGCCGAGGACGACUCUGCUCGACAACACCAAAACGGAUCUGCCAUCUACGAGGACUCGGCAAGUAAAGGCGGCAUCCCUACUGUAAAGCUCGAAACCCCUGCGGGUGAAGGUCCCGACGUCUCACUAAGUUCUGGCAGCAGCAAGGACGACGAACCCGACAGCCAGUUGCGCCGGCGCAACAUUAAGGAUCCCCACGAGCGGCCCGUCUCGGCUGCCUCCAUGAACUCCUUGCACGAGGUCAGCAGGGGUGGCAACUGGCUUCAGUCCUUCUUACGCGUCAUCUUUGUGGACUGGAUUGGUGGAUUCUUCUCGAAUCUUUUCUUCGGCAACAAGCCAAAGGCGUAA